CUUCGAUCUUCACUCACAGCGCGGAGGAGCAGCAACAACACCGAGGAUGCUCUCCCUCCUGCGCACCGCCGCCUCCCUCGCCCGGCCACAAUGGUCUCGCCCUCACCCACCCUCCUCACCAACCCCGCCUGCGUCCGCGGGUUCCACGCCUCCCCGCCCUCGCUGAUGACGCUCAACCAGUCGAUGCGCUCGAAGGCGCCGCAGCGCAAGCCGCGGCCGACCGCGCCGCUCCUGGAGAGCAACCCGCAGCGCAAGGGCGUCGUCAGCCAGACGUUCAUCAUGAAGCCGAAGAAGCCCAACUCCGCGAAGCGCAAGGUCGCGCGCGUGAAGCUCACGAACGGCAACACCGUCCACGCGUACCUCAUGGGCGAGGGCUCCUGGCUCCAGGACCACUCCGUCGUGCUCGUGAGGGGCGGGCGUACGCAGGAUCUGCCCGGUGUGCGGUAUAAGGUCGUCCGAGGAGCGCUGGACUUUGGGCCGGUGGUCAACAGGGUCAAUGCGAGGAGUAAAUAUGGAGUCAAGAAGCCGAAGAAAUCGACAUAGAGAUAUAUUUCUUCGUGUCACCCGCGGCUUGGCUGCAUCGCAUGUACCGUACCCAGCUUUGCUUCAGCAUUCCUAUCAUACGCCCGAUUACAUCCAUGAGCUCGCAACACGGGUAUCAUUGUUCAGCGUCGUACAGCAAGUAUCGCUCCGUUCCAGUAUGAAGUAUAGUACUCCCACAAUAUCGUCCGUAUAUCAUACCGUUAUGUCCCUGGUACGUUCCCCGCCUCUCUAAUCCUCUCUUCCCUACCCAAUGUCGCCCGCACAACCUUCUCAAUCUCCGCAUUGAUUGCCCACACCCACGCAUCCCGCUCGACCUUGCUCCUCGUCCGGAACACUGCCAGCUUCCGCUUCAUCUUCAGCGGCGGCGCCCCCUCUCCCGCGGCCUGGUGUAUCCGCUCGAUCUCGUCGCCCCCUGCCUUUAUGGUCCGAUGCCACAGCAUGAAAAGGGUGUCCUCGUCGCCGUCGUCCGUCUCGAG